AUGGAAUCAGAAAAAACCAGCACUCUCAAUCUCAUUUUUGGACCAUACACCAGACCUUCCUACCCAAUCCUCCUUCUCAUCCUCACGUUCCUCGCCAUCCUCUCUCUCCAAUUCUCCACCCGCUCUCUCUUCCCCCUUUCCAUCCUCCUCUCCCAACCACCACAACCCACCACCUGCUCCGCUUUCUUCCACCACGUUCCUCCCAGAAAAAUCAUCAAGUCAAUCGUCGAUUUCGGCGCCGUCGGCGAUGGCAAAACCUCCAACACCCAAUCGUUCCGAAACGCGAUUCGAUACAUGCAACGUUUUCAAGGUAAAGGUGGGUCCCAGCUUAAUAUCCCCGCUGGAACGUGGCUUACCGGUAGUUUUAAUCUCACCAGUGAUUUCACGCUUUUUCUUCAACACGGUGCCGUUAUUUUGGGUUCUCAGGAUCCGAAAGAAUGGCCUAUUAUUGAACCUUUGCCAUCUUAUGGAAGGGGAAGAGAGAGGUUAGGAGGAAGACACAUUAGUCUUAUACAUGCUAAUGGACUCCGUAAUGUUGUUAUCACAGGAGAAAAUGGGACAGUUGACGGUCAAGGGAAAAUGUGGUGGGAACUUUGGUGGAACAAGACACUGGAGCACACAAGAGGCCACCUCCUUGAACUCAUGAACUCAGAAAAUGUUCUAGUUUCAAAUCUCACUUUCAGAAAUUCUCCUUUCUGGACCAUCCAUCCUGUUUACUGCAGUAAUGUUGUGAUCAAAGGGAUGACAAUUUUGGCCCCUCUUAAUGCCCCAAAUACUGAUGGCAUAGAUCCAGACUCGAGUACCAAUGUGUGUAUUGAAGAUAACUACAUAGAAAGUGGGGAUGAUCUUGUAGCCAUCAAGAGUGGUUGGGAUCAGUAUGGAAUCACCAUGGCUAAGCCUAGUACAAAUAUCAUAGUGAGAAGAGUUUCAGGCACUACCCCAACUUGCUCUGGAGUAGGAAUAGGCAGUGAGAUGUCUGGUGGAAUUUCAAAUAUUAUAAUCGAGAAUUUGCACGUGUGGAACUCUGCAGCCGGUAUUCGUAUAAAAUCUGAUAAUGGCAGAGGGGGGUAUGUAACAAAUGUGAGUAUAAGCAAUAUAAGAAUGGAGAGGGUGAAGAUACCAAUUAGGUUCAGUAGAGGUUCGAAUGAUCAUCCCGAUGAUGGGUGGGAUUCAAAAGCUGUUCCUAGAUUUAAAAAUAUUUUAAUCAGCAAUGUGGUCAGUGUAAAUUCAACAAAAGCUCCGGUUCUGGAAGGUGUAGAGGGUUCAUCAUUUGAAGGCUUAUGCUUCAAGAAUAUUACUCUUCUUGGUGUAGCCUUAUCUGCAACAUGGCGUUGUGAAUAUGUCGCUGGUUUCGCUAAUGGUGUGGUCCCUGUUCCGUGUCCUGAGUUGCAGAACAAUGGCACUUCUUUGUGGUGUUGA